AUGGAGAUUAGGGUCUGUCUUGCCGAUAUCACGAAUCAUCUCAUCCUGUCCCCGCACUCUGCAUUCCGCCCUGCUUGCCAAGACGACUUCUACAUGGAGCAGGAAGAAGUGUAUUUUCGUGCCCUUUCUGCGUUCGGCAACGAGAAGAUGGAACUAGAUCUGCUUCGAGACCCGCAUAAACGAACGCUCAAGGUGGAGGAAAUGGUCCGCGCAGACCACUACCUUGACCUAUUCAAAACACUCAAGGCAUGGGACCUCAUGUUGGAUAAGGAUUUACCAGACAGGCUACCGAUCGAAGAAAUCAAGAAGGCCAGAUUGCCAAUAUUGGUAUAUCUUCCGGCACCUGCCAGGACCUUUCGUAUUUUUGGGCUGGGUUAG